AUGCCACAUGUUAUUCUUCGACGUUCAAUUCUCAUUAAUAUACGUUCAAAGUUUAACUUAUCAAAAAAUGCCUUCAACUCACCAUGCAAUGGUACUUGCCAAUUCGUAUUUCAGAGACGUUUUUCUUCGUCUUCAUCAAAUAAUACUAAUCCCAAAGAAGGACCAAAACCAACGCAAUCUAGUAAAGAGUUGCAAGAACGUAUAAACUCCAUACCUAUUGAAAACUACCGAAAUUUUAGCAUUGUAGCGCACAUUGAUCACGGUAAAUCAACAUUAAGUGAUCGUAUUUUGGAAUAUACACAUACUAUUACUCCGGAAUUAGAAGAAAUAACACCAAACUCCAUUAACCAACCCGUUCUCAAAAAAAGAGCACAAGUUUUGGAUAAAUUAGAAGUGGAGAGAGAACGCGGUAUCACCAUCAAAGCACAAACAUGUACUAUGAUAUACAAUUAUAAAAAUCAAGAUUAUUUGUUGCAUUUGGUUGAUACACCUGGGCAUGUUGAUUUUAGAAUGGAAGUUUGCAGAAGUUACGCCAGUUGUUCUGGUGCACUGUUAUUGGUCGAUGCGACACAAGGCGUUCAGGCACAGACUGUUGCCAAUUUCUAUUUAGCUUAUUCCAUGGGUUUAGAAUUGAUACCUGUUAUCAAUAAAAUUGAUUUGGAAGGUAGCGCAGAUAUCCCACGAAGUAAACAACAGGUGGAGGAGAUGUUUGAGUUGGAUGCCAAUCGUUGCAUUUUGGUAAGUGCCAAAACAGGCCAAAACGUUCAGGAAGAUUUAUUACCGGCCAUAGUUGAACGAAUUCCACCUCCAAAAGGUGUCCAUCCGGAGAAAUCAUUUCGUUGUUUAUUGGUUGAUUCUUGGUACGAUAAUUUUCUGGGCGUUGUUUUGUUGGUAUACGUUGUUGAUGGGUCAAUUAAGAAAAAUACCAAAAUUGUUAGUGCGCACACAGGGAAUAAGUACGACGUUAAGCAAGUUGGUAUCAUGCAUCCUGAUAUGACACCGCAAGAUAUUAUAAGAUCUGGGCAGGUUGGAUAUUUAGUUCCAGGUAUGAAGAAUUCCAGAGAAGCUUUUAUUGGCGAUACUUUUUGGCAAGUGGGGAAAGAGACAGAGGUUUUGCCCGGAUUUGAAGAAAUGAAAUCAAUGGUAUUUGUUGGUGCAUUCCCAGCAGAUGGGGUUGAUUUUAAAAGCUUAGAUGAUGAUAUAAAUAGAUUGGUUUUAAACGAUAGGUCUGUGAGCAUACAGCGAGAAACUUCUAAUGCGUUAGGUCAAGGCUGGAGAUUAGGGUUUUUGGGUAGUUUGCAUGCAAGUGUUUUCAAAGAGCGGUUGGAAAAGGAGUAUGGCUCUUCCAUCAUUAUUACUCAGCCUACGGUUCCAUAUAAAGUUAUUUUCAAAGACGGAACAGAGAAAAUUGUGACAAAUCCAGAUGAUUUCCCGGAUAUUUCAACUAGAAAAUCAAGGAUUCUUGCUUUAAUGGAACCGUACGUCGAAGUAAUUAUGACAUUGCCUCAAGAAUAUUUAGGCGUAGUGAUGCAACUGUGUAGUAACAAUAGAGGUAAACAUUUGGAAUUACAAUACUUGAACUCAACUAACCAAGCUAUUUUAAAAUAUGAAUUACCAUUAGCUCACUUGGUUGAUGAUUUUUUUGGAAAGUUAAAGGGGGUUAGUAAAGGCUAUUGCUCGCUAGAUUAUGAGGACCGCGGUUACAAAAAAUCUGAUCUGGUAAAAUUGGAGUUGCUAAUUAAUGGGAACAGCAUUGAUGCCUUAUCCGCUGUAUUGCACAAAUCUCAGGUUGGCCAUGUGGGGAAAUUAUGGGUGCAAAGAUUUAAAGAAUUUGUUAAAUCACAACUAUACGAAGUGGUUAUUCAAGCUAGGGCAGAUAAUAAAGUCAUUGCCAGAGAGACGAUUAAGGCACGAAGAAAAGAUGUCUUGGCCAAAUUGCAUGCAAGCGACAUUUCUAGGAGAAAAAAAUUAUUGGUUAGGCAAAAAGAAGGUAAAAAAAUGAUGAAGAGUGUUGGCAAUGUUCAAAUUCCACAGGAAGCAUAUCAAGCAUUUUUAAGAAAAGAUUAA